UGCUUCUGCUGAUCUAUAUCGAUAGAGCUAGCUGAGCUUGAGGGCGCAGACAUAAAGAGAAUGAAUGACAGUGUCUUAAGCCUGCUAGAGACAGAUGGGGACGUUGAUAGUAAAGGAUACAAGCUUCAAAUACCUCAACGCUGCACAACAGCACGCAAAGGCCCUCUCAUCCUUCACCCUCCUCACAGAUCCAACCCUCCACAUCAACUGAUGACAAACAGACAUGCUCUUUGCACUCCUCUACCCCCUCUAAGACAAUUUGCAGGAAAGAACCGACCACAUUACAGUAAGAGGAGGUCCCUCACACGGUUCCCUGUCCUGUACAUCAGGCGUCCAAUAGAAAUGGCGCUGGAGCAGCUCUCGUCAUGCAAGAUGUCCUCGAGAGAAUUUCAAGAGAAUGUCAAAAAUCUGAAAGUGUUAUCAGACAGCAGUGACCCAGUUAACUUACCUCAGCUACUAAUAAGGCCAGGACCACCUCCCACCACCUCCUCUCUCUCUCCUAGCAACCAUUCAAACAACACAACAAUAACCCACUAUAACAGCACCAGUCAAAUGAACAUCACCAUAACAAUAAGUAGUAGCCAAGGGAACACAGCGAGGAAGGUCCCUAUAGAAGUUCCAAGAGAGGAUCAUGUACCCACAAGUCAAUCCCUCCUUCCCCCUGGUCAUGCAGCUGGAGAGAGAAAAGGAGGGAAGUUACCACAUGUACAUGUGCCCUUAGCUCCUCCCUCAUUAAAUGCAGUCCUAAUACACCAACAAUACCCAGUGACAGCUAAUACAAGAAUCAAAGGAAUGAGCCUACACUGAUGACAUUGUGAAUUGUACUAUGAUUAUUACCAUUAUGUAUAUUAUAUUAGACUAGCAGCAUUCUCUAUUGUACAUGUAUGAUCAAGAGACUUGUGGGGGAAGAGACACACAAAUUAAGGAAAGAGGAACCACACAAGAUACGAUAAUGCCAUAAAACAAUACUAACAAAUAAGAACAUAAACACAAAUACGCAUGUACAUGUACUGUAAAGAAUUCUUUCUUAAAUUCCACAUACAAAUUGCCUACAUUCUAUAAA